AUGAUUGGGUUUGUGUUAGUCAAGAGAAUCAGCAAAUCGUACAUCCUCGUUGUCUUGUUGCUGUACGCCUGCUUGACAUAUCGCAUGUUGGAAUAUGUUUUCCAGGAUAUUGCGCAAACGGGUGCGUCGAUUAAAAAUUAUCGCUUCGACGGGAAAUUUGAAAUCCAACUGGAAAAUGUCACAUUUCUUAUCAACAAGCUAUUGCACCAAAGAAACAAUCUAAACUCAGGUGAUUACAGUUUACUGAAAAUGCUUCGUGAGCAUAAUAUCAAAUCAGAAGUAGAUAUAGAACCAGUAUUGUUGAAUGAAGACUAUGUUGUAAGUGGCGCGUAUCCAAUUAAAAAACGAGUGUACACACCUACUAGUAAGUACAUUAUUAAUUGUAAAAAUAUCCACGAAAUAGAUCUCAAGAGAAAAAUAGGCCAUGGCGUUUCCAAACAAACUCUCUUGGGAGAUUUUAGAGGGAUGCCUGUAGCCGUUAAAAUGGUAACGAGGCACCAAAGAGAAGUACGGCAUUGUAUCGAAAAACUCAACCACUCGGAUACGGAGUUCCUAAGUCACCGCGCUAAGUGCUUCAUGUUCUCUAAUAUGAAACUUAUGAAGGAAAUUCUUAUGUUGGAGCAACUCAGCCAUCCAGGAUUUAUCAAGCUUCUUGGCUACUGCGUUCGCAACGAGGAAAGUGAUACAAUGGAUCUCAGCGAAAGAGGAGUGAUUAGCGUAUAUGAACUAGGAACAAGGAUCUCUGUGUACAAUCUGCAAGCCUUAACUUGGCGGGAAAGAAUUCAGCAUAGCUUGCAUUUGGCUAGAUUUCUUUAUUAUCUGGAAUUUUCACCCCUUGGAUCAUUGCGGAUACGAGACUUUAAAGAGGAACAUUUCUUAAUGAGUAAUGGUACACUGAAAAUGAUCGAUCUAGAUGAUGUGGACAACUUAGAGCCAUCUUGUUCGGUUUAUGUGAACGAAGUAGAACAUGGUAAUAUAACUUUUGAAAGUCAAAAUCAAGGUUGUGACUUUGCAAUUCCGUGCCACAAAGGGUUGUGCGUCGGUUUUAAUGCGAAACAAAACAUGAAGUUCAUGUACAAACUGUUCUUCAAUGUUUUGAUCUGCCCAACAGCAAUUCCUAACCCGUUGUCUGGCGAUCUUAGAAAUGUAUUACGAAGACUUGAUGGCAAUCGUAUUUCAGCUGCAGAAUUGAUUGCUAUUUUUGAUAAAUUAUCCGCCUUCGAUAAUUGA